CUAAAGGCCCCGGUGAGCCGCGAUAGGCUUAGUGGGAAUAAAACCUGGGCCGUGUGGGAGGUGAGUGACAUUUUGGAGCGAGAUGGCGAGAGGGACGGCUGCCACAUACCUGCAUGGAGUUCUUCUCCUGGCUCUGUGGAAACCCUCGCUGCAAGGAGGUGUAUAUGUUCCAACCUCUGGAGGAGCUGGAACCGGCACAGGAGCUGGAACAGGAGCCGGCGGUACUGGAACUGGACCAGGCUUUGGUGCAGGAGGAGGUAGUCCAGAUUUCCAGUCUGGUGGGGGUGGCGGACUUGGUGCUGGUCUAGGUGGAUAUGGUGGACAAGGACCCGGAGGAUUUGGUCCUGGAGGCAUAAACCCAGGAAGUGUUAGACCUGGUGGUUUUGGUCCAGGAGGAGUUGGUCCGGGAGGAGUCGGCCCAGGAGGAGUCGGCCCAGGAGGAGUCGGUGUGAAACCUCCUAAAACAGGAGGUGGCUACAGUGGGCUUGGAACAGGACAAGGAGGUGUCGGUGUAGGAGGAGGACUGAGACCAGGUGGAGUGGGCACUGGUUUUGGACCAGGCGGAGUUGGCCAAGGAGGAUUUGGUCAAGGAGGAGUAGGACCAGGAGGAGUUGGUCAAGGAGGAGUAGGACCAGGUGGAGCUGGCCCAGGAGGGGUUGGUCAAGGAGGAGUAGGACCAGGUGGAGCUGGCCCAGGAGGAGUUGGUCAAGGAGGUGUCAGACCGGGUGGAGUUGGCCCAGGAGGGGUUGGUCAAGGAGGGGUUGGACCAGGUGGAGUUGGCCCAGGAGGUUUUGGUCCAGGCGGAGUUGGACCAGGUGGAGUUGGCCCAGGAGGAUUUGGUCCAGGCGGAGUUGGACCAGGUGGAGUUGGCCCAGGAGGAUUUGGUCCAGGAGGAGUUGGACCAGGAGGAGUUGGACCGGGUGGAGUUGGCCCAGGAGGAUUUGGUCCAGGCGGAGCUGGACCUGGUGGAGUUGGAACCGGGGGUUUUAGACCAGGCACUUUUGGUCCAGGAAGUGGUGGACUAGGGGUAAUUCCUGGGGCUGGUGGAAAACCUCCUAAAACAGGAGGUGGUUAUGGUGGGCUUGGAACAGGACAAGGAAGUGCAGGAGGAGGACUGAGACCAGGAGGAGUUGGCACUGGUUUUGGACCAGGUGGAGGUGGCCCUGGAGGCUUUGGAACUGGUCCUGGUGGAGUUGGCCCAGGUGGAUUUGGCCAAGUAGGAGCUGGUACAGCUGGCCAAGGGUAUGGAGGCCUUGGUGCAGGUGGUCCCGGAGGAGGCAGUGGUGUGGUUGCAGGUCAGGGAGCAGGUACAGGCUACAGACCUGGAGGUGGUUAUGGGGGAUAUGGUGGUGGUUAUGGACCCAAACCUCCUAAAACAGGUGGUGCUGGAACAGGGGUUGGAGCAGGUGGAACUGGGUUUAGACCUGGAGGUGGUACAGGUGUUGGGCCUGGAGGAACUGGGCAGGUUCCUGGGGGAACAGGAUUUGGUCCUGGAGGUACAGGGUUUGGACCUGGUGGAACCGGACAAGGUUCUGGGGGAACAGGAUUUGGUCCUGGAGGUACUGGGUUUGGACCUGGUGGAACCGGGCAAGUUCCUGGGAGUACGGGGUUUGGACCUGGUGGAACUGGGAGCGGUACUGCAGGGGCUGGGAUUGGUCCAGGUGGUGCAGGAAUCGCUCCUGGUGGAACUGGAGUUGGAACUGGAGGAACAGGAACCGGUGCCGGUGGAGCAGUUCCAGGCGGAGGUGCUCCAGUAUUGCCUCAGACUGGUGUAGGACUUGGAGGAAAGACAAGUGCUAAAGCAUCCAAACAAGUUCCAGGAGUCGGAGUACCUGGACUUUAUCAAGGUGGAUUUGUACCAGGUCAAGGUUUCGGAGGCCGUGGGGUUCUCCCUGGAGUAGCCACAGGGUCUGGUAUUGGGCCUCAAACUGGGACUGGGGUACUUGGUCAAGGUGGAACAGGACAAGCAGGCAGUGGUCAACGUGGACAACAGUUAUCUGGAGUUUUUCAUGGUUACCCUCUAAUAUCACCAAAAUCAGGGACAGGAAAAUCAAAGAAACCUGGAAAAGCUGCAGCCAAAUAUGCUGGAGGCGGUUCUCUUGGUCAGGGAAGCACCUUAGGCACUGGAAGACUUCCUGGAGGUGGAGUAGGAGUCAUCCCUGGAACAGCAAGUGGAACAGGAGUCGGACCUAGAGUUGGGGACGGCUUUGGGACCAGUGGUGGACCUGGAGUGGGAACAGGAGUUGGACCUGGAUUUGGUGGAGGAGCUGGAACAGGAGUUAGACCUGGAGUAGCGACAGGUGCUGGGACUGGAGCAGGGACAGGAGUUGGACCAGGAUUUGGAGGAGGAGCUGGAACAGGAGUAGGCAGUAACAUACCUGGGUUAGGUUAUGGCCCUGGCUCAGCCAAAGCACGCAAAUAUGGUAAUGUAGGUCCUGGUGCAACUGGAGUUGGUUCAACAACAGGAGGGGGGGCACUAGGAGGGCUUGGCCGAGGCACAGGGUUGGGACCUGGUUCAGGACUUGGUUUUGGACCAGGUGGUGCUGGCACUGGAUAUGGACCAGGUGGAGUUGGACCAGGCGGUGUCGGCACUAGAUAUGGACCAGGCGGAGUUGGACCAGGUGGUGCUGGCACUGGAUAUGGACCAGGCGGAGUUGGACCAGGCGGUGUCGGCACUGGAUAUGGACCAGGCGGAGUUGGACCAGGCGGUGUCGGCACUGGAUAUGGACCAGGCGGAGUUGGACCAGGUGGAGUUGUGCCAGGUGGUGCUGGCACUGGAUAUGGACCAGGUGGAGUUGGACCAGGUGGUGUCGGCACUGGAUACAGACCAGGUGGAGGUGGACCAGGGAGUGUUGGUACUGGAUAUGGACCUGGAGGAGUGGGACCAGGUGGAGUCGGAACUGGACCGGGGGGAUAUGAUGCCAGUGCCAAAGCUCGCAAAUAUGGUAUGUUAAGUGGAGCACUUGGAGGACCUUCAGGUGUUGGACAAAGUGGAGUUGGCCCUGGAUAUGGACCAGGAGGUGCUGGUCAAGGGGGAGUUGGCACUAGAUAUGGACCAGGAGGAGUUGGACCAGGUGGGGUUGGUACUGGAUAUGGACCAGGAGGAGUUGGACCAGGUGGGGUUGGUACUGGAUAUGGACCAGGAGGAGUUGGACCAGGUGGGGUUGGUACUGGAUAUGGACCAGGAGGAGUUGGACCAGGUGGGGUUGGUACUGGAUAUGGACCAGGAGGUGUUGGACCAGGUGGGGUUGGCACUGGAUAUGGACCAGGAGGUGUUGGACCAGGUGGAGUUGGCACUGGAUAUGGACCAGGAGGUGUUGGACCAGGUGGGGUUGGUACUGGGUAUGGACCAGGAGGUGUUGGCACUGGAUAUGGAGCAGGAGGAUAUGCAGGAGCCAAAGCACGCAAAUAUGGAGUGCCUGGAGGUGUAGGGGGUACCCUAGGUACAGGAGGAGCUGGGGUUGGAACUGGGCCCGGUACUGGAUUUGGAGUAGGUGGAGGGAUUCCUGGAAGAGGGGGAGUGACAACUGGUGGUGGCCCUGGAUCGGGACUUGGGACAGCGGGGACACCUGGUACCGGCAUUGGAACAGGAGGAGGGCCUGGUGGCUUUGGACCAGGUAGUGCUGGAGGGUAUCCUGGUGGUGCAAAGUCUCUCCAAUAUGGGCUCCCAGGUGGAGCUGGAGCUCCUGGAUCUGAAUUUGGGGGUCAAGGGACUGGAGGGGUUCCUAAUGUCAGCAGAGGACCAGGAAUUGGCACAGUAGCUGGAACGGGUUAUGUUCCAGGAGGAGGUUAUGGAAUAGGCACAGGAGCUGGAUAUGGAACAGGUUAUCGACCUGGAUCCAAACCUUCUAAAUACGGUCAAGUUGGGUCCAGUGGAGGUGGGGUCCUUGGAGGGGGAGCAGGACAAGGUGCUGUUCUACCCGGGACAGGAGUAGGAACCAGGGUUGGAGGCAAUGAAACAAUCAGCACUAGCGGUGCAAGACCAACACCGCGCCCUGGUGAAACAAGACCUGGAGCUCCGGAUGGCACACCAACACCCGCAGCGGAAUUUGAGAGCGGUACUACCACUGUUUUGGAGGGCUCUGGCAUUCCUGGAGGAGAUGGAGGGACAGUUGUAGGUGAGAGGCCAGUGGGAGGACAUGGAGAUGGUUUGAAUGGAAGCAGUAUUCCCAUCAUUGGAUCAAUUCCAGGAUUUAACGGGACCACAAUUCCAGAUUCCACAGGAGCUCCCUCUGGUUCAGGUGGGGACCUGUCAGGUGGAGGGCUCUCACAAGCCAGACCUCUCAAACCUCCAGGUGUUCCUAGGGGUGACACGCCAGGCGAGGGAGAUGGGGAAGGAGGUCCUGAUGGGGAGAGUGAUGGUAGGCAAAGCAGUGAAGGAAGACCAGGAGGAGUUGGAGGGAGCCCGACUGCAGCUGAGGGAGCAGGAAAUGUCUCAGGCAGAGAAACAGGAGUACCAAGAGGGGACACUCCAGCCACUGGAAUUGGAAUCCAACCAGGGAGAUCUGCUGGUGCAGUCGAAGGAACAGCGAAACCACCUAAAGACGGGGCUCUAGCAGGAGGUGCAGGUGUUCAACCAGGUGGAGUUGGAGGUGGAACUGGAGGCACUGGGGUGGUGCCAGGGGCCGUUGGUUCUAGUGGAGUAGGAACAGGCAUUGCAAAGCCUGGAAAAAGCUACAAUCCAGCUGGGGUUCUACCAGGUGGAGGUCAACGCUACCCCAAUAGUGGCGGGUAUGGUGCUGGUCCAGGAGGUUAUGGAACUGGGCCUGGCGGGUUUGGAACUGGUCCAGGAGGUGUAGCACCAGGCUCAGGUUAUGGAGCUGGAGUUGGACCCGGCAGCUAUGGUCCUGGUGUUGGACCUGGAAGCUCGCUCCCUGGAGGUGGUUACGGAACCAGUGGUACUGGUCAAGCUGGAUUUGGACCAGGCGCUGCCAGCACAGGACUAGGAGGGGCUGGAAACAGACCAGGCACUUUUGGUCCAGGUGGUGUUGGCACUGGGCCAGGCAGCUUUGGACCUGGUGGAGCAGGGUCUAUUCCUGGUGUUUAUUCUGCUGGAGGUCAAGGACUAGGAACCAGAAAACCACCAAAAACAGGCUAUGGAUCAUCACUGGGUGGAGCUGGAUACGGCCAAGGUACUGGACCUGGCAGAUACGGACCUGGUGUUGUUGGGCCUGGAGGAGUCUCACCAGGUGGAGCCGGCACAGGAACCGGAGGCUUUGGACCAGGUGGUGCUGGAACUGGAACCGGAGGCUUUGGACCAGGUGGCACUGGAACUGGAGGCUUCAGACCCGGUGGAACUGGAACUGGAGGCUUCGGACCAGGUGGAGCCGGCACAGGAACAGGAGGCUUUGGACCAGGUGGUGCUGGAACCGGAGGUUUUGGACCAGGUGGUGCUGGGACUGGAACGAGAGGUUUUGGACCAGGUGGUACUGGCACAGGAACUGGAGGCAUUGGACCAGGAAGCCAGACUUUGGGAAAAAGAAAGCCCUUUAAAUCUGGAGCUGGCACAGGACCUGGAGGCUUUGGACCAGGUGGUGCUGGCACAGGAACUGGAGGCUUUGGACCAGGAGGCACUGGCACAGGAACUGGCGGCUUUGGACCAGGAGGUGCUGGCACAGGAAGUAGAGGCUUUGGACCAGGAGGUGCUGGUACAGGAACUGGAGGCUUUGGACCAGGAGGCACUGGCACAGGAACUGGCGGCUUUGGACCAGGAGGUGCUGGCACAGGAACUGGAGGCUUUGGACCAGGAGGUGCUGGCCAGGGAACUGGAGGCUUUGGACCAGGAGGUGCUGGCACAGGAACUGGAGGCUUUGGACCAGGAGGUGCUGGCACAGGAACUGGAGGCUUUGGACCAGGAGGUGCUGGCCAGGGAACUGGAGGCUUUGGACCAGGAGGUGCUGGCACAGGAACUGGAGGCUUUGGACCAGGAGGUGCUGGCCAGGGAACUGGAGGCUUUGGACCAGGAGGUGCUGGCACAGGACCUGGAGGUGUGGGACCAGGGAGCCAGAGUUUAGGGAAAAGAAAGCCUUCUAAAUCUGGAGCUGGCAUAGGAACUGGGGGCUUUGGACCAGGUGGUGUUGGCCUUGGAACUGGAGGUUUCAGACCAGGUGGCACUGGUACUGGAACUGGAGGUUUCGGACCAGCUGGAGCUGGAACAGGGCCUGGAGGUUUCUUACCAGGUGGAACUGGAACAGGACCUGGAGGCUUUGGACCAGGAGGCGCUGGCACAGGAACUGGAGGCUUUGGACCAGGAGGCGCUGGCACUGGAACUGGAGGCUUUGGACCAGGAGGCGCUGGCACAGGAACUGGAGGCUUUGGACCAGGAGGCGCUGGCACAGGAACUGGAGGCUUUGGACCAGGAGGCGCGGGCACAGGAACUGGAGGCUUUGGACCAGGAGGCGCGGGCACAGGAACUGGAGGCUUUGGACCAGGAGGCGCGGGCACAGGAACUGGAGGAUUCAUACCAGGUGGAGCAGGAACAGGACCUGGAGGUUACAGACCAGGUGGCACUGGAACUGGAACUGGAGGUUUCGGACCAGGUGGAGCUGGAACAGGACCCGGAGGUUUCAGACCAGGUGGAGGUGGAACAGGACCUGGAAGUUUCGGACCAGGUGGUGUUGGGACUGCAACUGGGUUUGGACCAGGUGGACAAGGAUUUGGAAAAAGGAAACCUUCUAAAUCAGGUUACGGAGGAGCUGGUUAUGGAGCAGGAGGUACAGGAGGAGCUGGUCCUGGAGGAUUUGGCCCUGGCGGAACUGGGACAGGCCCUUCUGUAGCCACUGGAGGUGCUGGAUCUACUGGCUUUGGUCCAGGAGGAACUGGAACUGGAAGCUUUGUUGCAGGAGGCACCGGAACUGGUGGUUUUGGUCCUGGAGGAACUGGUGCUGGUGGUUUUGGGCCUGGAGGGGCUGGAAGCGUGACAGGAGGUUUCCAACCUGGUGGGCAAUCACUCGGAUCAAGAAAGCCACCUAAAUCUGCGUAUGGUUCCUAUUUGGGUGGAACUGGAUAUGGACAGGGAGUUGGAAGCCGUCCUGGAACAGGAACAGGAGGAAUUCAAGGUGUACAAGGUGGUGGAGCUGGAGGGACAGGAGGUCCUGGGGGAACCGGUCAAACCGUCGGAGGAGCAGUUGGUUUACCAGGAGGGGGCACUGGGCCUGGAUAUGGUGCUGGGGCAGGAGGUGGCUACCCAGGAUAUGCAGGGACUGGACAAAAAUCCAAAGCACAGAAAGCAGCCAAAUAUGCUGCCAUGCAGGCCUUCCUUGGAGCUGGAGGCUACAGAGGUGGAGGCUGUCAGGGUGACUACUGUGGUCGAAGGAGGAAGUGAAACACCGAAAGAAAGGAAGUGACCUCAUUGAAACAACAGUGGUGCUAUAGCAAGAUUACAGCUUGUGAAUGUCUUCCUAACUUAAAACCUAAGGCCUUAAUACAUUCCUAAAACUAUGUUUUUCAUUGCAUUUCAUUUUUAGAAGUAGUUCCCGAUCUCAUGGGACCACAAUAUAAAAGAAAAGGAAAGACUGCUUUUGUAAAUUUUAAAAAAUGCACUAGAUUAGUUUUUUUUUAUUAUUAUUUAGCAAUGAAAUAAUUUUAGUUUGAUUGGAUAAUUAUAAUUCUACAAAAAUAGAACAGCAGCGGGAGAACAGAGGAAUGUCAAGUGUCUAAACAUUUAAACCAGUGCAAUGAAAACAGUAAUUGUUAUCCUGAGUAUUUUAUAAAACACUUUCCUAAAAACCUCUCAGUGGAUUAAAACAAACAAGUUGAAAAUCCCAAAGAGGGCUGAGCUGUUGCUUUUUUACAAUGUUUUCCUGGAUGCUGUGUUGAAUAUUACCUGCAAUACUUUGGCGAGAAUCAUAACGAAUCUUCUGGGCUGAGACUGAUGCCAAGGAGUCCCUCAGGGUAGCUCCUUCAGACCUGUCUGCAUGCUGACUCACUGAUAAAAGAUGCUUUUCAAUAAAAUUGCCUAAAUACAUUUACCCUGAAUUUAUCUGUGGUUUCACAUUUUUACAUGCAGUCACAUUUUUUUUUUAGCUUUUUCAUUGAAAGUCAGACAGCUAUUAUUUUAUAUAUUUUUCUUAAGGUUGGACGACAGCUUUAAUGGUUGUUUGUUUAGCCUAAUCUUAUAAUCCUUGAAGAGCUUUUGUUCAUGUCACUGUACUCAGACCUCAGGAUCUGCAGCUUAAAGCCAAAUAACAAAGAAUUUUUACUGUAAAAUUCUAGUUAAUGUAUUUUUAUCUGUGCUGUAAGGAUGUUGUUUUGUGAGUACAGUGUUGAGUUUUUUCCAGGUUGAAAUUGCUAUCUUCUAACCAAUAUGAAAUAUAAUGUAAAAUGUUUUGAUUGCUUUUUUAAUAAUGUUUUGUAGCUUUACAAUCACUGUUGAAAAAAAGGAAAUGCUCAUCUUUGCUAGAGCUUUUAAAUUAUAGCAAAACACUUAUUUAGUCUUCUGUUUUAUGUGUUUCAUUUUUAAAAUAUUAUUAAUGGGUGUUUUGAAGGGCUUCAAACAUGCCGGAUAGCUUAAUAAGAAAAGUUAUUUGUUUUUUCUACAUUGCCCUUUGAUGUGACAAGAAUCAUGGUAAUGUAAAUAAGCUUGCAAUUGUCUUUCUAACCCAUAUCAUUUGUUUUUGUUUGCAUUGCUUCUGGGGAAAUGUAAUGCAUUUGUUUUUCUAAACUAAA